CCGUGCGCAGUUCUCAGAAGAACUCUAAAAAAUAAAAAAAAACAUCUUAUUUCUUUUCUGGACCUCAAAGGAAAUUUCACUUGAGGCGGAGAACAGGAGAGAAGAAUACAAAGUUUCGUGACAUUGAACGUCAAGCUAGAUGGGAGCUGCUGGGGUCCCUGAUAGGAACCAUAUAAAAGGGCUGGACUCCAAACUACAUGCACAUAGCUUUAGAGGAACCACAAGAACAUCUUUUGUACCCGUCUUCUAUUGUUUUGGUUAAAUGCAGCCGAGAAGAGGUUGGACACGUAAGAAGGACCUGGACAUCUUUAAGGCACCGCACUGUUUAUAAAGGAGUCAAUGACCCACAACGCCUCAUUAUGAAGAGUCUUCUGGUUUCUGUGGCAACUCUGAUUAACCUCCUGCUCCUCAUACCAGGAUCUGGGUAUUGUCAGCACAUCACAGAUGAGUCCUGUUCUGUUCAGAUCCUCGUCCCUGGCUUAAAAGGUGAUAUUGGAGAAAAAGGGGAGAAAGGAGCACCGGGAAGACCAGGAAGGGUCGGUCCACCAGGAGAAAAAGGUGAAAUGGGUGACAAAGGGGUAAAAGGAGGAAUAGGUCGUCAUGGGAAGAUCGGCCCUAUUGGUUCUAAAGGUGAGAAGGGAGAUGUUGGCAAUAUUGGCCCUCCAGGUCCAAAUGGAGAACCAGGGAUUCCAUGUGAAUGUGGACAACUGAGAAAAGCUGUCGGCGAGAUGGACAUCCAAGUCACACAGUUGACCACAGAGUUAAAGUUUGUCAAAAAUGUUGUUGCCGGAGUGCGAGAGACAGAUACUAAGAUUUACCUACUGGUGAAAGAAGCAAAGAAAUAUACUGAGGCCCAAUCCUAUUGCCAAGGAAGAGGAGGAACGCUCAGCAUGCCCAAAGACGAGACAACAAAUAGUCUACUAGCUUCUUACAUCAACCAGGCCGAUCUGAACAGGGUGUUCAUUGGGAUCAAUGAUCUGGAAAAAGAAGGUUACUAUGUGUAUUCGGAUCGGUCACCAAUGCAGACCUUCAACAAGUGGCGGCAAGGAGAACCAAAUAAUGCCUACGAUGAUGAGGACUGUGCCGAGAUGGUGUCCUCAGGGGGAUGGAAUGAUGUCUCCUGUCUUAUAACAAUGUUUUUUAUUUGUGAGUUUGACAAAGAACAUGUGUAAUUGUUUUUCUAGAUCAAUUCACGAAGGUCUCCAGCUAAAUAUAUUGUUAUAGAUUUAUGGUUAAUAGAGCAGGAAGAGAUGGAGAAGACUUUGUAACUUCACUGCUUUAAUUUCCUUUAGUUAAAAAGGUUUUCCAACUCUUUAAAAAAAUAAAAUAAAAAUUACCAGGCAGCCCCCAUACUCACCCCUCUGGUUG